AUGUCUUCCGUCCAACCCACCACAACCCCAACUCAACAAUCACCCAGAAAACCUUCCCCGCUCACAGCGCUCGCUAUCCUCACCGUCCUCAUCGCAGUAUCGCUGGCCUUCUUCAUAGGCUACAAUCCCAACAAUAACACAGAGGAGUACCGGGACUCCCGAGCCGCCAAUCUGUUCGGUCUUAAACGGUUUUUCACGAGUGCUUCCCCCGCUGUUAGUAGGGAGGUCUCUAAGAAAGCGGCUGGUAGUGAGAAGAUGGGUCGGACGCCGAUUUAUUUUUUGAGUCAUGGGGGUCCGAAUGUCAUGUACCAGACGGAUCACCCGGCGUAUAAGAAGCUGGGGCAGAUCGGCAAGGAGAUUACGACCAAGGUGAAGCCCAAGGCUGUGGUGGUUUUCUCGGCACAUUGGCAGGCUGGCAGGGAUACGAUUCAGGUUAAUACGGCUGAGAAUACGGAUUUGAUUUAUGAUUUCUACGGCUUCCCCAGCCAUUAUUACAAGGAGAAGUACCCCAAUGUGGGCAGCAGGGAGGUUGCGAAUAAGGUGCUUGACCUGCUCGGGAAGGCGGGGAUCAAGGCGGAAGGUGUGAAAAGAGGAUUGGAUCAUGGUGUGUGGGCGAGCUUCAAGUGUGCGUUCGAGCCUGAGUCGAACCCGUUGAACGUGCCCAUUGUGCAGGUUUCAUUGUUCAAGAACGAGGAUCCUGUCGCGCAUUACCGGCUCGGAGAGGCCGUGUCUAGCCUUCGCGAUGAAAACAUCCUCAUCAUCGUCUCUGGAAUGGCGGUCCACAACCUGCGCGAUCUGUUUUUCUCCAUGAACGAUUCGCGGCCGCUGCCGUACACCACCAGCUUCGACGAGGCGUUGAAGAAAGCGGCCACGGCUCCCCCGGCGGAGAGAGAGCAGGCACUGGCGGAUCUGUUGAAGAGACCCGAUGCUCGGCAGGCACAUCCAACCUUUGACCAUCUGCUUCCCAUUCACGUUGGUGCCGGAGCUGCGGGAGACGAUGUCGGUAAGAGGCUGUGGACGCUGGGUGAGGGCAGUAUGAGCUGGGCGCAGUUUAGAUUCGGUCAGGUAGCCGACAGUAGUAGUUCUCUGUGA